UCAACAUGGCGGCCUCCCAAGAUGUCCACGUCCGUAUCUGUAACCAAGAGAUUAUCAAAUUCGACCUGGAGGUGAAGGCGCUUAUCCAGGAUAUUCGAGAUUGUUCAGGACCAUUAAGUGCACUUACUGAACUGAAUACUAAAGUGAAAGAGAAGUUUCAGCAGUUGCGGCACAGGAUACAGGAGCUUGAGCAGUCAGCUAAAGAGCAAGACAAAGAGUCGGAGAAGCAAGCUCUGCUCCAGGAAGUGGAGAAUCACAAAAAGCAGAUGCUCAGCAAUCAGACCUCAUGGAGGAAGGCUAAUCUCACUUGCAAAAUUGCUAUUGACAAUCUAGAGAAAGCAGAACUUUUCCAGGGAGGAGACCUCUUAAGGCAAAGGAAAACCACCAAAGAGAGCCUGGCCCAGACGUCCAGUGCCAUCACGGAGAGCCUCAUGGGGAUCAGCAGGAUGAUGUCCCAGCAGGUCCAGCAGAGCGAGGAAGCCAUGCAGACUCUAGCCAAUUCUUCCCGGACUAUCCUGGAUGCAAAUGAAGAGUUUAAGUCCAUGUCAGGGACCAUCCAGUUGGGACGGAAGCUUAUCACAAAAUAUAAUCGCCGAGAGCUGACGGACAAGCUUCUCAUUUUCCUUGCCCUGGCCCUUUUCCUUGCUACGGUCCUCUAUAUUGUAAAAAAGCGGCUCUUUCCAUUUUUGUAAGAUCUGGAAUUACCAGCUUUUGCCCUUUAAGCUCGUGUCAGGAUCUGUCCAUGCUCCUGAGGUCUGGCCCCGGCUUCCAAACCAGUGCACACCUCUGCAGCCUGUUCCACUUGCUCAGCAGGUGGAUUGCAGACCCAGCCCCCCAGCUUUCUGUAGGCAGCUGGUUGGCCUAUAAAGGGCAAGUAGAGCAAGGGGAGGCCUGUCAUCAGGAUACCUGCAGGACACAGGGACUCCAGGAGCCAUCACACAGUGCGUGUGGCUGUCACAUGGGGCAUGCAGAGGCCAGCCUUCAGGAUUGGAUCCUCCUCUCUCCCCUUCUCCUGCUGUAGCCUUAAUGCCAGAUCUGGUGGAAGGAAGAGAGAAGUGGGGAGAAGAAGGAUAAGGAAAACUCAGGCCCAUUCCUUGAAUAAACUUGACUCUUUAAUAGAAUGAAAUGCAUGUGGAUUUAUAAGGUAUCCUUCUGGGAAUUUGUGACCUGUUUUUGAUGUCCAGAUUUCUAGAACAUCAACUUAGAUCAUUUAUUUGUUCAUUCAACAAAGGAUUAUUAAGCAACAGCCACAUGCAAUGUCUUAUAGACGUUGCUGACCGUUACAAAUACUUGGUAAAGCAGCUGUGGUUCCUCCCUCAGGGAGCAAGAAGAACAAGAUCUCAUAGGCUCUAAUAAAACAAGUUACAAAAAGCCCCCACGGGAGGUGGCUGACACCACAUCUGAAAAG